CUUAAAAUAGCCUAACAAACAAUUGACGUUUUACACAAGACAAUAUGGCGACGCGGAGUUUGACUCAGUAACUGAGUCAGUUGUAUUUACCCAGCAGUUUUUGUGCAAGACAGAAUAUGUGAAAGUUGCAAAAUUGUGUUUCACAACCGUGGUCUGGUAAAAUGGGAGAUGAUGAAAGCUUUCAGAGAGAAGAAAACACAACCAAGCUUCCGUCUGCAUUUAAAAGGCUACGAGUUGAGUCAGAAAGUCCUAACGUUUCCACUGGCAUAGUUACCAGUGAAAGUGUCCUUGUUGUCCAGCAGCUUUGGCUGAGGGACAACGGAGGGCAACAGAAAGGAUUGAACAAGAGCAGUGAUAAAAACCAUCAGAAGUACAACAAAAGAAUUGGCAGAAUGGAGCCAUACCCUCAGGAAGUCAUCUUUUCCAUGCAGAAAAUGACCUUGAAAAAGGAAGAAUGCAAUACGAAACAUUGUAACUGUUCUACAAAUCACAGUGAUACAGAAAACCGAAACAAGUACAACUAUGCCAACAUCUCGGGAUCUCCACGACGUUUAAUUCGGGAGGCCAGGCUCAAACUACAUCACUCGGAGAAAGACAGAAAGCAUAUAAUCAGGUCAGCUAGACUCAAACUCAUCAAGAAGGAAAGAAAGAGUGAUCCUACUGGCUUAAAUGUAAUGAAGCUUCCUAAAUCUGGCAACAAUUCUUCAGAUAUCUCUGUAUUUGGAUCAGGUACAAAAGCGGCUCUAACUGAUUUUUCUAGCAUGUGCAUCUCCUCCAAGAAAUCGACAGAAGGAAAUCAUUCUAUUGCAUCAUUUGAUGUGGAUCAUCCGCAAGGUGUAUAUGGUGGUAGGAAACAUUCUCGUGAUGAUGAGUCCAAGAGUAACUCUCCCGAUUCUUCCUGUAGUCCGAAAGCUAAGACAGCACGCCAUUCAAAGACACGAUCUGCCCCUGGUACAUCGGUCGAAUCCUGUAAGACCAGUCAAGAUCAGGUCUUUGAACGAUCCUGUUCACAGGAAGCAAGACUUGAUGACAUGACUGUGAAUGAAUUAGCAGGCUAUUUUGAGGAUUUUGUUUACAUCCCUAAAAAGAUGUCAAGCAUGGCUGAAAUGAUGUAUACGUGAAUAUUUCACCAUUUUGUGUUCACUGCUAUUUGGUUGAAGUCACAUAGCUCAUCUACUUGGUCAAACAUAAUGUUACAACUGUUCACUUUUAAUUUGUAAAUACUGGUAUCAAACAAGUUUGGUUUUAUUAAUUUUCAGAUAUUUUGUUUCUGUAAAAUUAAUGCUCGCAUUAUGUACAUUUAUAAUUAUUUUCUCUAGUUUGUAGUCUUCACAUCAAUAAACUCAUCAUUAAAGUUAUUUCAAAAGUGAAAAUACAGUUAAAUAUUUCUUUUGAAGUUUUCAAAUCUUUGUAUUAAUUACUGAAAAUGUUAAGUAUUACUUUGCACACAUACAAUAUGAUUUUAGGAGAAAGUUGUAGUGUUCUCAUUAAAUAAGUUUUGUAAAGCAACACUUGCGGUAUACCAGUGACAUCUCAGUUUUUAUCAAAGCUUAUUAGUGAACUAGGACUGUCUGUACUGUUAAUAAUCAGUUCAUGCAAUAUGGUAUUUUGCAGCCAACAUGUUUGAUGAUAUCUGUAUGUUUUUAGAAAUGUAUCACAUGUACAUUUAUCCAAAUGGAGAAAAGGCGGGUCAUACAAAGGUUAAAACUCAGUAAUUUUCCACUUGAUGACAUUUAUGGCAUUAUUAUUGGUAACUUUAAUUUUGAUGUACAAAAUAAAGUAUUCAUUUUGUUGUUUAAAA